AUGAUGGAGGACCACGCAACUGGCCAGGAGAAGCACAUCCCAUCAGGCUAUCCCCUUCAGAUACCAGUCGAUGAUGGAUCGGAUGAGCCUGUUUCUGAAACAUCUGACGCUAAGAGCACCCCAACUACGGAAGAUGCCACAGCACCUUUAGUGGAGGAAGGAGACCACGAGGAUCAGGGUGGUGUCGAACAGCACGGGGAGAUCCCAGAAGGAACCACAGCUGAAGAAGCGGGCGUAGGAGCCACCCCCAACCUGGAGGACCACGCUGCAGGAGAUGCCGUUCAAGGUCGUAUUGACAGCAAAGACAAGGAAGGGACUGAAGCUGAUGAAAAGAAACCGAAGGGCCAGGAGAUGAGAGGCGGCACGAAGACGGCCACGCCGCGGUCUGCGGGCGGGCAGGCUCAGAGGAACUCGACCAAUGCCACGCGCAUCCCGGCAAAGACGCCCACGGCCCCCAAGACACCUCCCAGCUCUGGCAGAAAGGAGCAGAAAAAACCACCUCCUGCAGCAGCAAAGUCUGAGAAAGGUGAGCAGCCAAAGUCUGGAGACAGAAGCGGUUACAGCAGUCCCGGCUCCCCCGGGACUCCAGGCAGCCGUUCCCGCACUCCCUCUCUGCCCACCCCACCAGCCAGGGAGCCCAAGAAGGUGGCAGUGGUUCGCACACCACCGAAAUCUCCUGCGUCUGCCAAGAGCCGCAUCCAACCUUCGGCCGCACCCAUGCCUGAUCUGAAAAACGUCAAGUCCAAAAUCGGCUCGACUGAAAACCUGAAGCACCAACCCGGAGGUGGCAAGGUGCAGAUUAUUAAUAAGAAGCUGGACUUUAGCAGCGUUCAAUCCAAGUGUGGCUCAAAGGAUAAUAUCAAACACAUCCCGGGAGGAGGCAGUGUCCAAAUCGUUUACAAGCCGGUCGACCUGAGCCACGUGACAUCCAAAUGUGGUUCCCUGGGCAACAUCCACCACAAACCAGGCGGUGGCCAGGUGGAGGUGAAAUCUGAGAAACUGGACUUCAAAGAUAAGGUGCAAUCGAAAAUCGGGUCCUUAGAUAACAUCAGCCACGUCCCUGGAGGAGGAAAUAAAAAGAUUGAGACCCACAAGCUGACUUUCCGCGAGAACGCCAAAGCCAAGACCGACCACGGCGCCGAAAUCGUCUACAAGUCCCCCACCAUCUCUGAAGACACCUCCCCACGCCGCCUUAGCAACGUCUCCUCCACCGGCAGCAUCAACCAGGUGGACUCCCCCCUUUAG